AUGUUACUGAAAUUGUACAUUUGGUUGGACCAAACAGUUACGAUUCAACCCAACAAUAUUUUCCAACCAAUAACCUCAGAUUAUUCCAAUCCAUCAACCAAUGAAACAUUCACAUUCAACCAACACCCUUUCAUGAAUAACAUUCUUGUAAAUAAUGCAUUCCAACCAAUUCCUGAAUCUCCACCUAAUACCAGUUCAUUUGCUCCACAAACAUGUUUUAUUUCAGCUGAAAAAACAACAACAAACACACUUCAAGAUAGCAAAAAGAGAAAACACAAUGAGAGUUUUCCCUUUGUUUGCCACACCGUAGAAUCCAUGAAGGAGGAAGAAGAAAGGAAAAAGGCACAACCUAAACGACCAAGAGGAAGACCUCGUAAACACAGCUUUGAUGAUAAACUCAAUGACACCAGCAAAAGAAUUAAGCACAUACAACAUCAAUAA